CCGCCCCGCCCCCUGCCCCUGCCGCGGCAUCCUGGCGGGGCGAGCCAGGACACUAGUGACCCGGCGUGAAGACUGAGGGGUGGGAAGGUGUGAGCCGCAAACCCAGAGCGGGCCGGGAAAGAAGAGGAGGCCCGGGGGUGGCCCGAAGACUCGGGUCCCGGCGGCGGAGGCUGUCGGCCUCCUGACUGGCUGGCGGGCGGGCUGACUGGCUGGCUGACGGACUGACUGACUGAUGACUGGCUGACUGACUGCCUGACCGACCGACCGACUGCCUGACUGGCGGACUGACUGACCGAGCGGCUGACGGACCGGCUUGCAGCCUCUGGCCGGACGCUGGGAGCUGCGGCGGCGGCGGCGGCGGCGCGCGGAGCCGAGCCAUGGCCUCGGGAGGAUAUAAUCCAUACGUAGAAAUAAUUGAACAGCCGAGACAGAGGGGGAUGCGGUUUAGAUACAAAUGUGAAGGGCGAUCGGCAGGCAGCAUUCCUGGGGAGCACAGCACAGACAACAACCGAACAUACCCGUCUAUCCAGAUUAUGAACUAUUAUGGAAAAGGAAAAGUAAGAAUUACAUUAGUAACCAAGAAUGACCCAUAUAAGCCUCACCCUCAUGAUUUAGUUGGGAAAGACUGCAGAGAUGGCUACUAUGAAGCAGAAUUUGGACCAGAACGCAGACCUCUGUUUUUUCAAAAUUUGGGUAUUCGGUGUGUAAAGAAAAAAGAGGUGAAAGAAGCUGUUAUUUUAAGAAUAAGUGCAGGAAUCAACCCUUUCAAUGUCCCUGAACAGCAGCUGCUGGACAUUGAAGACUGCGACCUAAAUGUGGUGAGGCUGUGUUUUCAAGUGUUCCUUCCUGACGAGCACGGUAACUUGACGACUGCUCUUCCUCCCGUUGUUUCCAACCCAAUCUAUGACAACCGUGCCCCAAAUACUGCAGAAUUAAGGAUUUGUCGUGUAAACAAGAACUGUGGAAGUGUCAGGGGAGGAGAUGAAAUAUUUCUGCUUUGUGACAAAGUUCAGAAAGAUGACAUAGAAGUUCGUUUUGUGUUGAAUGACUGGGAAGCUAAAGGUAUUUUCUCACAAGCUGACGUACACCGCCAAGUAGCCAUUGUUUUCAAGACGCCUCCAUAUUGCAAAGCUAUACUGGAGCCUGUGACAGUGAGGAUGCAGCUGCGGAGACCCUCCGACCAGGAAGUCAGUGAGUCUAUGGAUUUCAGAUACCUGCCAGAUGAAAAAGAUGCAUAUGGCAAUAAAUCAAAGAGACAAAAAACAACUCUGCUUUUUCAGAAACUGCUACAAGAUUGUGCAGCUAACUUUCCUGAGAGACCAAGAAAUGUUUCCGUGGGACCAGUUGGAGAAGGAAGAUUCAUCAAAAAAGAAUCAAACUUCUUUUCUCAUGGUACAGUUUUACCAGAAAUGCCCAGGUCUUCAGGAGUUUCAAGUCAAGCUGAACCCUACUAUUCGUCAUCUGUGUCCCUCUCAAGUGGAUUACCACAUCACCCACCAGCCAUAGCCUCAGUGGUCUCUCCACCUACAAGCUGGUCAUCAGUGACCCACCCCACCUCACGCUCAGUCAGUACAAAUACAUUGAGUAGUUUCUCAGCGGGAACACUCCCCUCUAAUUCACAAGGUAUCCUUCCAUUCCUAGAAGAGCCUGGUGUGAGCGAUAUAAGUGCUUCUAAUGCUUGCCUUUAUACCGAUGACCUAGCUAGAAUGGAAACGUCAUCCAUGUCACCAGCUGACUUGUAUAGUAUUUCCGAUGUCACCAUGCUGUCUAAUCGCCCUGUGAAUGUGAUGACACCCAGCAGUGAUAACAUGGGGGACACUGAUAAUCCAAGACUUGUGAGCAUCAAUCUUGAAAACCCCUCAUGUACUUCAAGGUUAGACCAAAGAGACCUGAGGCAACUACAUCAGAUGUCUUCUGCCAGUAUGUCAGCAGGCACCAGUUCUAAUUCUGUUUUUGUUUCACAGUCAGAUGCAUUUGAUAGAGCAAACUUCAAUUGUGUAGAAAAUGGCCUGAUAAAUGAGCCCGGACCAUCAAAUGAUGCAAAUAGUCAUAAUUUUGUUCAGAGUAGUCAAUAUUCAAGUAUUGACACUCUGCAAAGUGAGCAGUUGAGUGAUUCCUUUGCAUACGGUUUUUUUUAAAUACAAGUUGUAGGACUUAAAUCUAGAGGACUAUAAAACUUUAGGUGUAUAGACUAUAAAGCGAAGGUUCAGAAGUAGAAACUGCUUCUUACUUUGAAAGAUGCCUAAAGUACAUGUGCUUGACGUGAAUUGUUCUUUCAUAUUUCCUCAAGACAAGCUAUGUGUCUUUUGUAAUGUAUUAAUGUAUUAGUUAAAUGAAUUGAUAUUUGCUUUCAAGCAGAUUUAAGGUAAAACAUGUAAUGGCUAUGCCAUUGGGAAAUAAACUCAUUAUUGUUGAGGCCCAUAGGCCAAA